GUUAGUAGGUAAUACCUAUCUACGUAGUAUACGUCAAAAAACAUUAGUUACUAACACUAUUUAAACGAUUGUACAUCGAGAAAUACUUAAAUAUUUCGACAUGAUAUUGAAUAUCAGUAUGAUGUUCAAAUUAUUAAGUUUUAGUUUAUUUGUGACAACAGUUUUAGCAGCUCAAAAAACAGAAUAUAAAUUCCUAGGAUGUUUUUUGGAAGAAAAUUUAUUAACUCUUGGAGAAGAGAGCCGUGUUUUAACUCCAGUAACACCUCAAUCUUGUUCAGAUUUUUGUUCUGAAAAACAAUAUACAUUUUUUAUUCUUAAACAGAAUACCUGUCAUUGUAGCAAAAAUUACAUAUCAAGGCUUAUGAGACAACUUGAUUUCGAGUGUUCAAUAAAAUGCUCGGGAGAUACUUCAGCUUCAUGCGGAGGACCGCCAAAUUUAGUGUCUUCAUAUACAACGGAUAAAUCAAAAGCAAACAAUUUUAUAGCACAUGGUGGUUACCCAAUACCAAUUUAUCUAGGAUGUUAUGCUGAAACUCCAAACGAUGAUGAAAAUCGAUUAUUAAAAGGUCCAGCUGGACCAAUUACUUACAAUACUCCUCAGAAAUGCUCAGUAAAAUGUUUCAAUAUGGGAUUUUUAUUUUUUGGAGUUACAUAUGGAACAGAAUGUUGGUGUGGAAAUCAAAGACCAGCAAAGUCAUCAAAAGUUGACGAUAUUAAUUGUAAUACUCCUUGUAGUGGUGAUAGUAAUCAGUUCUGUGGAGGAGGGUGGAAGAUGGGAAUUUAUUCAACAGGAAUUACAGACUAUAUACCAAAAAAAUAUAUUGGAUGCUUUGAUGAUGACGGAAAAAAAACAAAAGGAAAAUAUUUAACAUUCCCAAUGGAAAGCAAUAAUAGUCCUAAACGAUGCAUGAAUCUUUGUAACACUCAUAGAUUUAAAUAUGCCGCUAUUAAAGGCAAUAUCUGUGAAUGUAAAAACUAUGAACCAAAUUUUAAUUUACAAAGAAGUUUUAGUGAUUGUAAUACUUUAUGUACAGAAAACCCAUCUGAAUAUUGUGGUGGUAGUACUACAAUUAGUAUUUACAAAACUUUGUACUCAGAUUCUUUAGAAAAAGUGUCUGUGAAUCCUAUUGGAUGUUUUACCAAUUCAAAAAGACAUCCAUUAUUAAAUGGUUGGAAAAUAACACAUUCUCGUCUUACUCCCAAACAUUGUGUGUAUAGUUGCCAUAUAAGAAGAUAUCCAUAUGCUGCACUUAUAUCUUCAAGAGAAUGUUUAUGUAGUUCUACUAAACCUUCUGAUGAAGCUAAAACAGGGGAUGACAUGUGUACGACUCCUUGUUCUGGUUCAUCUGAAUAUACAUGUGGUGGCAAUAAUGGUAUAAAUGUAUACAGUUCUGGAUUAGAAUGGAAAACGGAUACAAUUGGACAUAACUAUCUGGGAUGUUACGAGGAAAAUCAAAAUAACAGAAUAUUUAAUGGUUACUCACGAUCCUAUUCUGUGAAUACCCCAGAAUUUUGUUCAAGUCUUUGUUACAAAUUUGGGUAUACUUACUUUGGAGUAACAUAUAAAUCUGAAUGUUUUUGUGGAAACCAAUCGCCAAAUGAACCUAAAUUUCCAAAAGUAGAAGAUAAACAAUGCAACACUAAGUGUACAGGAGAUGCUAAUCAAUUCUGUGGUGGUGGUUGGAGGAUGGGAGUAUUUUCAACUGGAUUAAUCGAUUUUGAUGUUAAUAAUCGGCUCGUAGGUUGUUUUGAAAUGGCAGAAAACUCAUUUGGCAAUAUUAAAUUUGAGCUUCUUAAUACUAAUACACCUAGUAAAUGUUCUGCAAUCUGUUAUAACAGUGGAUACACAUUUUCAGGAGUCUCAGGUAUUAAUUGCUACUGUGGAGUUCGUGCUCCAUCUCCUGAACUUUAUGUAGAAAAUUCUGAUUGUGAUACACCUUGUGUUGGUGAUUCAACUAAGACAUGUGGCGGUGAAGUAACACUUCAAAUAUAUGAUAUCAUAACAAUCAACCACACCAAUAAAAAUGAAACCAUUCCAGAGUUAGUGGAUGAAUUCAAUACUUUGAAUUUAGAAUCAAUUUGGAGUUAUGAUAUUUAUAUUGCACAAGAACCAGAUUUUGCAUUUGUUAUUUACAAUAAUUCUGAAAAGAACUUAUUUGUAAAAAAUGGAGAAUUAGUCAUCAAACCUACAGUUCUAUCAGAUAACUAUGUCAAGAAUGGUUGUUUACAACUGAAGGGGUGUACACAAUAUGAAGAAUCUUCUGCAUGUUCAAUGAAUGCUUCAUCUUUUAAUAUACUACCUCCUAUAGUUUCAUCUAGACUUAUCACAAAACAUCAUAAGUCAUUGCAACAUGGACAUUUAAAGGUAAUAGCUAAAUUUCCAACAGGAGAUUGGAUUGUGCCAGAAAUAGCUUUGGUCAGUACAACUAAUGAACAAAACAAAUUAGUAUUGGGUACAUCAUCUGGAAAUAUUGAUUUAAAAUGUAAUGGUGUUGAUGAAAGUAUUUCUGUUCUAAAAUAUGGUUUAAAAGUUGAUGAACUAUACCAUUCAAAAUCAAUUAUGAUGAAAUCGAUAUCUGCAAGUCGCUGGUCUGAUGAUUAUCAUACAUUAGAAUUGUCUUGGUCAAAUAACAACAUUUUAUUUAAAAUAGACGGAGAAAGUCACCCGUUGGAUACAUCAAACCUACAGUUGAACUUAAUAUUUGACUCUGAAUAUUAUGUAUCUAUUGGUGUGUCAGUUGGUGGUAUGAAAAAUUUCCCUGAUGGGUGUUUAAGCAAUAACCGUUUAAAACCAUGGAAAAACUUUGACACUAAGGCUAUGUUAAAUUUCUGGAAGGACAGAAAUCAGUGGAUAUCCACAUGGGAUGAUGAAAAAUCAACAUUAAAAGUUAAAAGUAUAAAGUUCACAGAGGAAGAUAAUAUUAAUAUUUAGCAUAUUAUAUCUAAAGAAUUAAAUAAAUAUAUUAAUAAAAUAUGUUUAGUUUCAAUAAGUUAAAUUUUAAAUUUGGUUUAAAUUAUGUAUUCAAAAAUAAAUCAUUAAUCAAACUAUUCUUUUGAUAAAUUUUAUAUUCAUAUUACAUUAUUGUCAAAAAAUCAUUAACUUCUAAUAUUAUUAUAACAAUAUCUUAUGACUUAUUAGUUAUCAGUUUGGGACAUAUAGAUUGUAUUUAUGAUUAAAAGUUGUAUUAAUUUUUUUUUAAAUAAUAUACACGUAUAUGCGGAAAUA